UUUCUGCCUCGACUCCUCUCACCGCCUUUCUUCCUCUUCUACAUAGUAACAGAUGGGGCGACUGGAGUGGCUUCUUGGCUGCCCCUCGUCGCAGACUUCGCAAGGCAGAGCAGGGCAGAUCCCAGAGCCAUCUGGACCAGCUUCAGCAUGAUCAUCGUACGUGUCCCGCCCAAGCAAGGAAGGAAAGAGGAGCGCUAUGGCUUCGCCCGCGCUCGUACAUGGUUGCCGUAUUCCUCACCAAUCUCUGCCUGCCUUGCCUCUUCCAUUCCCAGUUCUCGGAAAUUGGCGAUAAAACCUUCCUGAUAGCUGCCCUCCUCUCUAUGCGGCACCCACGUCUGACAGUCUUCGCAGGCUCUUUUCUCUCGCUAGCGGUGAUGUCACUGCUUUCCUCCUUCCUGGGCGUCAUCUUCCCCACUCUCCUUCCGAAAUCCCUCACGACACUCCUGGCAGCCGGGCUCUUCCUCGUCUUUGGAGUCAAGAUGUGGUUCGAGGGGAUGCAGAUGGACGGUGAUGAGAUGGGAGAGGAGCUGGAGGAGGCACGUAAAGAGAUCGAGGAGGGAGACGCAGAGGAGUUGGAGAUGGCAGAGGGGGGAAGGGGCGGACAGUACCCCACUGUGGACCCCUACCCGCCUACAGCACCCCUCUCUGCCGACGCGAGGGCCGAUGCUGUUGCUCACGGCGCCCACCAAGGGGAGGCAAGCAAAACCAAGACACUAGCAAGCGCUGCAGGUCUCAAAGAUGGAGCGAGGAACCUCUGCUCGCUACUCUGCGUUUCGCCAGUCUUUGCACAGGCGUUCGUCCUUACCUUCUUGGGAGAGUGGGGAGACCGGAGUCAAAUUGCUACGAUCGCCCUUGCCGCUGCUCAUAACAUUUGGCUUGUGUCCUUUGGCACCAUCCUGGGCCACUCCAUGUGCACCGGAAUGGCCGUCAUGGGCGGCGCACUGCUCGCAAAGAGGAUCAGCGUCAAGCAUGUGACUCUCCUAGGCUCCGUCCUGUUCCUCCUCUUUGCCCUCAUCUACCUCUACGAAGCCUACUCAGAAUACGCGCACCCCUCCCCCUCGGUAGCCGACGUACUCUCCUCGUCGUACUCUCUGGAUGCAGGCGUGCAAGGAGUGAAAGCUGCAGGUCAAGGGAUGGGCGCUGUAGCAGGGCAGGUGGGAGGUGCAAUUAUGGGGGCGGCGGGAGCGGCGGGGGGACCGGUGGAUGUGGUGGCGCCUGUGGGUAUGGCAGGACAGGUGCAGGGAGGAAGAGUGCGGUAGACUACGCACUUUCAGUAGCCUCUGCGGUAAUUGCCACCUCUCGGCCCCUGUGCGAGGUCGAGCGGGGCAAACGAGCCGCCCAUACCAUUGCUCCAGGUCAGGCACACGCACACUCAGCAUACACUAUCUUAUCCUAUCGCAUCACAACAGCUCAACCCUCACCUCCACGUGCACAUCCGUCAUCAUCUUUCGGGCCUCUGAACCCCAACUCCCAUGUAAAUAAAGAGUCAUUUCACAUGCACCGUAGCUCUGGUAGAUCCGUGCUUGAUGACAGGUGACAGAUAGAUAGAGUGACAGUCAGACGGUCGACCCGAAGUAGGGGUGCACCCCCGCUUCCUCUUUCCUCUGCUUGAAGGAGGAUGGAUCGAUCGAUGGGAGCAUGGAUGUUGGAAUCGACCAAAGAGCAAAGCAAAGCACAG